ACACAACCCUAACCCUGACCGGAGAGACAACACACACACAGCAGACGAACACACCAGUACACCCCACAUCACACACAGCCCCAGGCCCCUCCACUCAGGAGGGAAGGGUACGCGAAGAGGGGGGAGGUGGAGGAGUGGAAGCGAAAGAAGAUGGAGAAAGGGAGAAAGAAGGAGGGAUGCAGUGGACAGAGAGAAAAGAGGCGCCGAGGAGAAACCUGUGGAGUCUGAGGGAGAGAGGGAUGAACGAGAGGCGGAAUGAAGGAAGGAGAGAAUGGCCGCGCGGCGGCAGCCUGGAGAGGACAUCGCAGGAGGGGUGCGGCAUGGGAUGGAGGAGAGGAGGAAAGAUGUGGAAAGAGCACAGCAGAGACGGAGAGGUGGAGGACGGAGAGAGGGAUGAGGCCAGGAGUGUGUUGGAGGAGGAGAAGAGGAGGGUGAAGGAGACACCACACCAUCACAUUCUGUCCCGCGUACUGGUACACUCAUCAACCUCCUCUUCCUCCUCCUCCUCCUCCUUCAACUUCUCCUCUCCAGAGAGCGACGAGGUGUUCAGCGAAGGGGAGGAGACGUCUUCUCGCCGGAGAAUCAUGAGGAGGUGUCGCUCUUGGAGGACCUUCCUGACCAUGAUGCAGUGGUCCAAGCGCAGGCAGAGUUCCUGGGUCCAGCUGGCUGGCCAUCAAGGUAACUUCCAGCUGAGUGAGGGAGGUGAGGUGUUGAAGCGCUGGAGUGAGACGGAGGGGGCGUGUCUAAGCCUGCUGAUGUCGGACGUUCUGCGGGUCUUUGUGCCGCGGUACUACGGCCCCCUGAGUCGCAACGGCAACGACUACCUGCGGCUGGAGGACCUGCUCAGUGGCCUCACCCACCCUGUCAUCAUGGACUGCAAGAUGGGAGUGCGAACAUAUUUGGAGGAGGAGAUAGCCAAGGCCAGGAUGAGUCACACCCUUCGGAAUGAUAUGUACCAGAAGAUGGUGAAAGUAGAUCCAUCUGCACCCUUGGCGGAGGAACACGCCCAGGGUGCUGUGACCAAGCUGCGGUAUAUGCAGUGGAGGGAUUCAGUCAGCUCCAGUUCAACCCUGGGCUUCAGGAUUGAAGGCAUCAUGCUGGAGAAUGGGACUGUCUUGCGGGACUUCAAUAGGACCCAGAGUAUAGGUCAACUCAUAGAUGCCUUCCUUACCUUCACCAAGAGCAAUCUCCACAUCCUGAGGGCGUACCAGUCCAGACUGCAGGCUCUAAGUGAUGUGCUGCACGAGUCGGAGUUUUUCAACACACAUGAGUUGAUUGGCAGCUCGCUCCUCUUCGUCCACGACAGCUCUAGCAAGGCCAACGUCUGGAUGAUCGACUUUGGGAAGAGCAUGCCGACCCCGGAGGGGAUACACCUGCAGCACGACGUGGCGUGGACCGAGGGGAACCGGGAGGACGGGUACCUCAUUGGCCUGGCCUCCAUCAACCGGCUCCUGGCUAAGGCCAUCAGACGAGCCCGAGGUAGCGGCCUGGAGCGCUCGGACUCGCAGACACUGGCUGGGGACAGAGAGGACGAAGACGAGGAAGAGAACACACAGUCUGUGCAGUAUGGCAGCUUGAACCCCGCACAGUGACCCCAGCAGGGUCAGGAAGCUCACAUCCACCAGCACAGGGGCAGCUAAUGCUAUUGAACAUCAGCCUGCUGGGAGCAGGGACUGGCUGAACUUUAAUUAAUCUGUGAAAACAAAAUAAGCUGUAGCCAGGCUGUGUACACACACUCAAACACACAGUGAUAGUGACUGUAAUGAGUUUUGAUAUGUGAUAUUCUCUAUUUUUUUGUCCAGCUGUUAGAUUGACCUGAGAGGGACUUUGUGAUAUUGUGUGUGAAACUAGUUGUCAAGGCUAUUUUUUUAGAAUGCAACUUUCAAUGUACCAGUAUUAAAUUAUUUUAUUAUUAUUAUUAA